AUGGAGAAGGGAAGUAGCAGCAGUUCCAGAGCCUCGCCUCCCGGUGGCGGGGAGGGCGGAAGGAGCUGGAGGAAGGAGGCGGACAACAACCUGAGGAGGCUACACUCUCUGAUCUUCGCGGCUGACGUCGCUCUUGAGAGGGGAGACUGCGCGAGCGCCCAGACCCUCGGCCUCCGGCUGCUCGGCUUCCUCGACUCCCGCACCGAGACCGCCGUCGACGCUGCCUUCAUUGCCCCCAUCCGUGCUGACGUCUGCUCAAAAAUAGAUGCGGCUCGCCGCUCUCUUGCACCUGAAUCCGAUCGGUAAUGGAGGGUGAACUGAGUACCUAACAACACUAGUGAUGUGUCAUGUUCUCUUGCACUCGAGUAUCUAAGAGUGAAUUAGACUUUCCGCUCUGAUUCGCCUGUCCCAACAGAGAUUUCUUUUAAGUCCUGAUUUCGCGGUCUGCCUUCUGAUUGUGAUGCAGUCAGGCAUUUGAGCAGGCAAGCAAAGAUGAGGGUAGAAUUUUUACUAGGAGGAGGGAUAUUGGCAUCGACAAGGUCAUCCAGUCAAAAUAUUUCAGUCAUUUCUUGAAGAAAGCCGGCGAUUGCUCCGUUGACAAUGGCCCUUUGGUAUGGAAUAUUUUUGAUUCACUUUGGUUCAAUCUGAUAAUUUUAACCGACGAGUGUUUAGAUAAUUCUAAAUAUAUAUGUUCGAUUUAACGUUUCCAAUUUACACUCUCUGGUAGUAUGCCACUUGUAUGCUACCUAGAUUCUCAAGGAACUAUCAGACAAAACUUGAAUGUGAGUCAUACUUCUGCUGGCUAAGAUGUGCAUCGGACUUCUCAGGCAAGCCAACUGGGGAGGGAGAACGAGAAACUCGGUGGAAGGUUCUCGAAAGUCUUGACCCAGUCAAAAUUAACAUCCCUGUAUGUUAAAAAUGUUAGCACACCUACCGGUGCCUCUUACAACAAAAUGCUGCACUCUGAGAGCGGUGACUCAGGCCCCUGCCACUUAGUAGAAAAUGUGAAGAUGGUACUCUCAAAGAGCUCUGGUGCUCCUGAAGUUUUGCAAGUUGAUGAUGAAGAAAGACCUCGCAAUAUCACUCUGAAAUCAAAGCGUAGGCAUGUGGAAUUUACAAGCCCAGUUUGUGGAAAUGGGAAGUCUCCGUCAAGCAAUGAUGAGGCACAUGUUGAAGGAUCUGCCAGUGGAUUCGUUACUGCAAGGAAAAAGUUGGUAUGCUUAUUUUUUAUGCUUACUGUAAAGGGUUACAAGUUGCUUCCAGCUUCUCUUCCUACUCCGAAAAUCUUCUAUCUGCAUUAUUUUUAUUUUAGGGCCGCUGAUGAGCUUCUGGCCUUCUCCUCGUUCAGGGACAUCACGGAAUUGAACUUUCAUGUUUAUGCACGUCAACAUAUCCAUGUGUUGUAGUGUCUACGUAAUUGUUGACUUUUUGACCAGCUAGUUUUGUUAUGGCAACACUUCCAUGUCGACCUUUUAAUUCCAAUAUGAUGCUGAAUUUCUUGGAAGUCCAAUUUGAGAUCGCCCAAAGUUUAAGCAGUUAGCUGUAGCACUUUUCUAUUGAUAGUAUUAUCCCCUCUCUGUACGUCUGUGGAGAAACAUAAUGGAAUAGAGAUUCCGCCUUUUUAGGAUGGACAACAAAAUUUUAAGUCGUGUAUUUUAGUAUCCAAAUUUCUGAAACUUUGGAUGACAUAAAGUUGGUUUUUGGCUUUGAACUGAAGUAUUGAUGUACGGUUCUUUGAUUUAAAGCAGGUGUUUUGGGGUUAUUUUUCCUAUCACAAUUAUUUUCUUAAAAAGAAAAUGCAAAUACAGAUGCAUUUUGGAUUUUGAAAAGAUCCACGGUGGGGAAUAGAAAACCAAAGAACUCAAUUUGAGAUUUUUAUGAGAAUUGAUUUGAUUUAUGAAAUGAAUAAUGGAAAAGGGAAUUUUAUUUGCUCUUAUUGUGUAAUGCUGGAGUACGGUUGAGUACCUCGAAAAAUAGGAACCAAGAAGAUUUUCAGAAUAAGAUGGUGUGUGUGUAAAAAGAUUUACAAGAGCUUUCUUACAAGAUUCUGAAAUAUGAAGAUAUAUACUGGCUAUCAAGCAAAGCAGUUGCAAUUGGAUUUUCAAUUUAGUAUUUUGAUUUAAUAUUGGAGUAAGAUUGAACACACAUUCCUUUCUGUUGGCCUAACCUGUUCCAAGACCGUUUCCUACACCAUCUUCAUUCUAGCCAACUCCUCUUGAUCCCCACCAUCCCCCCUCCCCCCGGGGACUUGCUCACUGGGUCAGUCAUUGAACGCUUUGCUUUUAGGUUCGUGUUCACCAUCAUACGAAUAUGUUGUGGUACUAGACAACGAUGUAUGAUCGGCAAACUUUGUCAAUCAUCAAUUCUUUUGAUUUCUUUUACAUUUUUCGAAUUUGAUAUGUGAGUCUUUAGUUUUUUCACAACAUUUCAUUUGUUUAAUCUUCAAUGUUCUUUUCAUUGCAGGAAAUGGAUUCAAGACAGAGGCAUGGUUUUAUGGGUUCUCCUAGUGCAUCUCUGCCGUCACAAAUUGAUGGAAACCCCAUUGGAAACACAAGAAGCUAUGGACUAAAGUACAACACUGUCUCUCGCCGGGGUAUCCGAGGUAACUUUGUUCCUCCUGUUAGGUCAAAUGGAGGAAAUGUUGCAUCAAUAAGCUCACGAGUUGCUGGAAAGUGUGAUGAUUCAUUGGAGGAUUCGACAAAAAAAUGGUUAGUUCUACUGUCUCUUUGUAAUAUGCUGACCUAACUCUACUUUCACAUAAAAAUAGUGAAGAUAUUAUAAGAAAUUGAUUAGCAGAAACGUAUAAAUUACCAAAGGCAACAUUUAUUUUUGUUUGAUCUGUGUAUGGCUAUCUAUAAAAAUAUUUGACGUCGCUUGUUAGCAGUUGCUACACAUUCUAGUUAUUGCUAUUUUUAUAGAUAUGUUUGGAAUUUAUACUUAUCAGUAGACUUUUAUGUCCUUGUGAAGAACUUCCCAUUUAUAACUUAUGAAUGUAAGUAAUAGAAACAUCCUCAAAAAAGAUUUCCCUUAUCUCACGGUAAAAUCAAAACAAUAAGUUGAAACAAAGAUCUAAUGAUCAGAAAUCAGGCUCCUGAUUAUCUUGACUUUACUGUAGCGUCAAUUGUGAUCCAGGUAGGAGUUGGCUGAAUAAAGGAAUCUGCCUUUAAUAAAAAAUUAGAAAAGAGAAAAUCAAUGAAUGAAAGACUAGAGAGUAUGUGAUGCAAAAGAGAAGCCGCAUGGUCAUCAGCCUCUUUCUUUACCAUCUUUACAUCUUCCUAUAACUCAAGCAUGCCCGGGUUAAUGUUUCCUCAUCCCCAGGGUAAAUUGCAUGUUUCAUGCAAAAGAAAUUACCGAAGCACAUAGUAAUACUAGGACACAAUUAGAUGCUAUGUGCUGUGUUAUGGGUAGGAGGUAAUAAAGAUUUAGGCGGGAUCCUUUGUCAAAAGGCAAUGGUAGGCCAGUAAUAUAGGAUUGGAAGGAUUCUGAUGCGUAUUGUUGCUGGGUAUUAUGUUUAGCUUCUCACAGGUCAGAGGGACCUAACUUCUCUACAGUUCAUCGGGUAAACUCUGGAAUAUUAAUGACAAGUUGCUAAAAUGCUUGUGUUUUUGUUCAAUUUUACUACCUAACAUUAGGACUUCUGGCGCCCUGACUUGUAGACAUUUUUGUGUUUCUAUAUAUGUUUUCGUGAAGAUUAUAAAUAUAAUAUCUUGGGGAUUGUGGAUUUCAGUUUGGAAAUGUUGUGUGGACCUGAUGGUGAACUACCUGAAAAGCUAAGGAAUCUGGAACCACGUUUAAUUGAACAUGUCAGCAAUGAAAUAAUGGAUAGAGACCCAAACGUUCGUUGGGAAGAUAUUGGUAGCUUACUGUCAAUCUCAGAGUUUGCAUUUCUUGUAACUUGGGCUCUUGCACACUGAAGAAAUACUGAUCACAAUACUGAAUCCUUUCCUUAUGCAGCUGGCUUGGAACAUGCCAAGAAAUGUGUCACUGAGAUGGUUAUAUGGCCUCUCUUACGUCCUGACAUAUUUCAGGGUUGUCGUUCCCCAGGAAGAGGUUUACUUUUAUUUGGCCCGCCUGUAAGUUUUGUCAAGUACCUUUGUAGUGCACCUUUUUGUUGUCUGUUUCUAUCUUUUAUUGAGAACAUGAUAUUUUUUAGGGUACAGGUAAAACAAUGAUUGGGAAGGCCAUUGCUGGGGAAGCGAAGGCCACCUUUUUCUACAUAUCAGCGAGUUCAUUGACUAGUAAAUGGGUAUUUAUUCCAUCAUGUAGCUAGCAGUCUGUUGGACUUUCUUGUUUUGAAUGUUUUUGUAUUAGAUGAUGGAGGAUGUAGGAUUUUGAGCGGACAGCAAUUUUCUGUUCUUUUCACAUCCAGCAAUUUCUUAAAAUUUCUAAUUAUCUGUGAUUUGAACCAUGUUCACAAUCAUUUAUGUUUUGAUGAAAUAUUGUUAGUCUUUAAGCUCGUUAGGCCACUUUGUCAGACCUGCAAGUUUUCUCCGAAAUUGUGACCAAAGGUGAUAAUCAAUCAUUUCGUUUGUGGCAAUAUGUCAAUUAGAGUAUCAUUUAUUUAAUAGGGUCGCCAGGCAACAUUCUUAAUGACUCAGAACUACUUACUAUGGUUGUAGUGCAAAGAGUGAAACCUGUGCAGCUAAUUUAGUCUCCUUGACCAAUUGCAUUGGCAUGAACACACAGGCAGUACUCUAGUACAACCUGAGGAAUUCCACGAUCAAGUUGCCUAUUCGAUCUGUCGUUGCUUCUUGUUUUUGUUUAGUUUUUUUCUUUUCUGUAUCGUAAUGGCUUAUUAUUUUGGUAUGCCUCUCUGUUUUACAAAAUGUCUGUUGUAGAUAAUGUUGCUUCCUCACCCCCCAUCUUUUGAUAGUUGUUUAUGCUGCUCAUUUUUUCCCAUUUUCUUUCUCUUUUACUGGUUUAGUUUUUUAUCAGUACUUUCUUUGUUUCCAUUCGAGUUACCUAGUUUUUGGUCUUUUUACUGGCUUUUUAUUUCUAACUUGCUGAACUACAUUUCGAGAUUGUGAGGGUUACCUGACACAUUACACUUAGUGCUACAUGUUUCAUAACAUAGACACAUCUUGCUAUGUACCAUUCCCUCAUUUAUGUUUUUCUUUCUGGGCCCGUCUAUGUAAUAGCCUACCGGUUUGAAGAUUCAAAUGGUCAAAAAUGUGUCCUGGUACAAAUAAUAAAACUCUCCCAGUGCCAGAUUUCUUACCGUAGGUUACGAAAAUGUUUUACAAGUUGACUAAAAAGAAUGGUGUAGAAAAGUACAUGCUUCCACACAGUAAGUGGUAAAAACUCUGCAUAAAUUUGUGUAUUGAUGACUAUUUUCAAGUGUACAUAUUCUCUUUGCUCAAGUGGAGAGCGUGGAAACGAAGAGGAAAGGAGCUGGUGUUGGAAAAUAGCUUUUCCUUUAUUUUAUUGGAUCAUUACCUACGCAUGGAUAACUCUGCCCUUGAAACAAAUAGAAGAUUCUUGCCAGUAUAAAGGUCACUACAUGCUCCGUUUUGAGUUUCCCUAAUUAUCUGGCUUAGGUUACUCAGCAUUUUUUCUUCUAAUGAAAUCAAGCGGUUUCUGGAAAUUAAUCGAGAUGCAACCUAAUCUAAUAUCUAUUUUUGUGGCAAAUAUGAUGACAAUGUUGAUGCGGCAAAGUCCAAUAUCCUGUAGUUAACACAAGGAAGAGAGUCGAGGCAAUGAGAGGUCACUGGAUAUAGAUGGAAUCUUAUCUCGAACAAACUAGUAUAUUCAUCAUGCAAGACCCAUUAAUGUUGACUCCGGGAAUUAAUCAAACAUGAAAGUGGAAAUAACGCUAAUCACUACUAGUCAUGUUACCAACCACUCCAACUCAGUGAUAUGUUUCGGAACAUUAUUUACAUCUCUUUGCCAUCAGUCGUCACUCUCCUUUCCUCUUCAAUGGCAGGUCAAUUGCUGCUUCACUUCUCUGCUUGAAGCCAUCAUUUUUCCUUCUCCCAUCAUUCUGGAGUUGCCAAUGUGUGUGCGACCAUACCUCUGUCAUCAACCUGCCUAAACCUUACACAGUUCCUUCCACAGUUUAAAAUUUCAUGUGCUAAACAGAUCCACUAUUCACGUUGUAAUCGUUUCCGAAUUGGAUGUGUAACCUUCUUGCAGAAUUUGAAGAAAAGAACAUGUUGUGAGUAAAUAGCAAGGUGUAUUACCGCAGUAAUAGUUCCUAUUAGAUGACGGCUUUGAACAUAAUGCUGUUGCCGAAUCAUUGUGUCAUAGCUAUCACUGUGUGACUUUUUUCCAUUUCUUGUUUGAUGCUUAUAGAUUGGUGAGGGAGAAAAAUUAGUCAGGGCACUUUUUGGGGUUGCAAGCUGCCGCCAGCCUGCUGUGAUAUUUGUCGACGAAAUAGACUCGCUACUCUCUCAGGUACCCUUACUGUCUUCGCAAAAAUUUUGUUUUUAUUUUUUUGUUGAGAAGUCACAGUUCAGUAUUGUCAAUUCUUUUCAUUGCAGCGUAAGUCUGAAGGAGAGCAUGAAUCAAGUAGAAGACUUAAAACACAAUUCUUGAUUGAAAUGGAAGGUUUUGAUAGUGGGAAUGAGCAAAUUUUGCUAAUAGGUAACUGAUGAGCUACAACUACUUUUUGUAUCUAAUUAGGUUUUUAUUGGUAAUAGUAGUUGAAUGGAAGCCGAUGCGGCUUAAGGAUGCUUACUAUACACUGUGUUUAUUCAUUGUCGAGAUUAAUUUUGAUUUCUGGUGUAGUUUUUGUAGAAACAGAAUGGGAAAUUUAUCUUCUGUUUCCUAUUGUCUGUAAUAUGACCCUUGAAAAACAGGAGCCACAAACCGACCCCAAGAACUUGAUGAAGCAGCACGCAGGCGGCUUACAAAACGACUUUAUAUACCACUUCCUUCUUCAGGUAAAGGUAGCUUUCAUUUUUUUUUGGAACUUAGUAAAGAUUCUAAAAUAAAAUAUUAUAACCAAUGAAGAAGCUAGAGGCUGGAUUAUUCGUAAUCUCUUGGAGAAGGAUGGACUCUUCAAGCUGUCAGAAGAAAAUAUUGCCUCAAUCUGCGAGCUGACUGAAGGUAGUCUUAUCAACUUCGUAAAUGCUUCUUUCGACGAGAUGUUCAACACAAUAUGGAAGUUUCCCUCUUUUUGUAUGUUUAAUCUUAGUUCCCUUGUGCUUCCAGGAUACUCGGGAUCCGACAUGAAAAAUUUGGUAAAAGAUGCUUCUAUGGGACCACUGAGGGAGGCUUUAGGUCGAGGUAUUGACAUUACGAAGCUCCAAAAAGAAGACAUGCGUCCGGUUACCCUUCAGGUAUUGCAUAAUCUUUCAACCUUAUUUCACUCACAAACACUAGGCUGAUUUAUUCAUUUAUUCAUCCUAACUUGGAUUUAUUUACUGGCUUCUCAAGGAUUUUGAGAAGGCAUUGCAGGAAGUGAGACCCUCUGUUUCUGUGAAUGAACUCGGUACAUAUGAGCAGUGGAACAAUCAAUUUGGGAGCUUAGCGAUCUAA